GGGCGUGGUUGGAGAAUUUUUGGUUUGAGUGCACGUGGAUGUAACCAUGUGGGUCUGGUGUUGAUGAGUUUGCAACAGCAAAGUAAAGACCGGCGAUUCAUAUUUAUAUGUAAAUAAUUUAAAUUAAAGACUUAAGUUUAUAUAAAUAAGAAUCGUGAAAUAAAACACCAUGUCUUCUUUAUUCAUCAAGAAGAAAGGAAAUACCAAACCUGACAAAAAAGCAGAAAGUGGUGCAGGAACAAAACGAAAGGCUCCUGCAAAUGGACGCACCAAGAAAAUGACUUCCAGACUUAAUGAAGAGAUCUCCAGUGACUCUGAACCUGAAAGCCCUGCAGUGGAAAAGAAAGCGAGAGUCCAAGAAGAUGAAGAGAUUGAGGAGACCGCCCAGGAGAAGAAGUUGCGGUUGGCUAAACUCUACCUUGAACAACUGAAAGAAGAGGAAGAGGAAAAGGCAGAGGUGGAAGACUUUGAGAAAGAUCUAAUUGCAGGCAGACUCCAGGAAGACGUGCUGGAACAGAGAGGAAAACUCCAGCGAUUUGUUGCCAAAGACUAUCAGCCUCCAGAUAUUGCCGAUAUCCAUUUGCUGAGGGGCCACCAGCUGCCUAUCACCUGUCUUGUCAUCUCGCCUGACGAUAAGCAAGUUUUUUCAGCUGCUAAAGAUUGCUCAAUUAUUAAAUGGGACGUGGAGACUGGAAAGAAGCUUCACACAAUUCCUGGAGGGAGGAAGGGGACAGAGGACAGACAUGUUGGGCACACGGCACACAUCCUCUGUAUGGCAAUAUCCUCUGAUGGCAAAUACCUGGCUACAGGUGACAGAAACAAGUUAAUAAUGAUCUGGGAAGCAGCACCUUGUAAACACCUCUACACGUUCACAGGCCACAGAGACGCAGUGUCGGGCCUAUCAUUCAGGAAAGGUACGCACCAGUUAUACAGCGCCUCGCAUGACCGUUCUAUCAAAGUGUGGAAUGUUGAUGAAAAUGCCUACGUGGAAACACUAUUUGGCCAUCAGGACGUGAUCACGGGUCUGGACAGUCUGAGCAGAGAGCGCUGCGUGACGACGGGGGGUCGCGAUCGGACCGUGAGGGUCUGGAAGAUUGCAGAGGAGUCCCAACUAGUUUUUAAUGGCCAUGAGGGAUCUAUUGACUGUAUCCAAUUAAUAAAUGAAGAGCAUAUGGUAACCGGAGCGGACGAUGGGUCUAUUGCUGUGUGGAGUGUUGGCAAGAAGAAACCUCUGGUCACAGUGAAGCAGGCCCACGGUUGCCAUGGGGAUGGAGGCCUGGAGCAGCCAUAUUGGAUCUCUUCAGUGGCAGCACUUCAGAAUAGUGACACACUAGCUUCAGGUUCCAACAAUUCAAAGGUUCAGCUAUGGAAAUGUGGAGAAGGUUUCCGUAAUUUAAAACCGCUUUUCAGUAUUCCCCUGACUGGUUUUGUGAACAGCCUAAAAUUCUCAAACUCAGGAAAUUUUCUUGUAGCUGGGGUCGGGCAAGAGCACAGGUUAGGCAGAUGGUGGAGAAUAAAAGAAGCCAAGAAUGGACUUUAUAUCAUUCCUCUAAAGAAACAAAACUCAGAACAAGACGUAACAAGUGGCAAAUAACACCGUGUAACAAUUUUUUUUUUUUUUUUUGGUUCCUGGGUAGUAAGUGUUAUUUCCUAAUUGCUUAUGCCUCAAAAGUAUAGAAAAUGGCUAUUAUUCCCCACAAACUUUGCUUUUGUGACCAGGACAGUGAUAUUUUGAAAUUUACCUAUUUUCCAGAACAUUCCAGAUAGAUUCAGUGCUGAGUAAACUUGGAGUAACUUCUAGAACUUUCCAGUAAUAUAAAUAGUAGUAUAAAUACAGGGGCCUUAAGCCCACCAGUUCAGUUUAGUUCCAGCUGCCUAAGUGGAUACAUAUCUGCAUUUUUCUGAGAUGGCAUCAAGGUCAUAGGAGACUUCAAAAUGGUGGCAUUCCUGAUGGGUCUCCAAGGCAGUUUUACCAAGUUUCCCUGCUAUCUUUGCCUUUGGGACAGCAGGGACACCAAGGCGCACUACCACAGGCGGGACUGGCCACAGCGGACCGAGUUCUCUGUGGGGAGCACAAGUGGGAGCCACUGGUGGACCCCCGGAAGGUGCUGAUGCCACCACUGCACAUCAAAUUGGGCCUUAUGAAACAAUUUGUCAGAGCUCUAGAUAAGGAGUCGGCAGCCUUCAAGUACCUUCAAGACUUCUUCCCUAAGCUGUCUGAGGCAAAGGUCAAAGCCGGUGUCUUCGUCAGACCACACAUAAAGUGGUGCAAUGAAUUCCCCAAGAAGCUCACUAGUAAGGAGAAAGCAGCUUGGAACAGCUUUGUCGCAGUGGUUCGGGGCUUCCUGGGCAAUCACAAGGCCGAAAACUAUGUGGAGCUGGUUGAGACUCUGGUGAAGAACUACGGCACAAUGGGCUGUAGGAUUUCCCUCAAAGUCCAUAUCCUUGAUGCUCAUCUUGAUAAAUUCAAGGAGAACAUGGGAGUGUACUCUGAGGAGCAAGGCGAGCGCUUCCACCAGGAUAUACUGGACUUUGAACGCCGCUACCAAGGACAGUAUAACGAGAACAUGAUGGGAGACUACAUUUGGGGGCUGAUUCGUGAAAGUGAUUUACAGUAUAAUCAUAAAUCUCGAAAAACUACUCACUUCUAAAUCUUUUGUAGUCAUUUUUGUAUUACUUUAGUAUAAAUACAUAUUAAUUUGGAUUCAUAUGUUGUGUUUUUUUUCUGACUUUAUGUGAACGAAAAGACACAAAUUCGCCCGUUUUCUCAUUGGAAAUAGGUAAAUUUCAAAAUAUCACUGUCCUGGUCACAAAAGCAAAGUUUGUGGGGAAUAAUAGCCAUUUUCUAUACUUUUGAGGCAUAAGCAAUUAGGAAAUAACACUUACUACCCAGGAACAAAAAUUGUGUUACAUGGAUGGAUACCUCACCUGUUUGAAAUUAAAGAACAGACAUGCAUCCUACCAUAAUGUAUCUUAUUUUAUAAGAUUUUAAAGUUAAACAGACACAGUAAUAUCUGAAAGCUUAGAUAUAUUUAUCUCAUGUAUUAAAAACAACAAAAAAAAUGGUAAUAGUAAAGAUACAGGUUAUAUGCUGAAUUCAAGAAAAUCUCAGAGCUCCACAAGAAUUCUCAUAAACUGCACCCCAUUUACUGUGAACCUCCAGAUUCAGACAGGCAAGUUAAAAUCUGUCUGCUCCCUCUCCCUUUCUCACCAUGAUCUGCCUUUGAUGCCUUACAAUAGCCCUUUGAAGCCAGAAUUCACUUGAAUUGAAGCUUCAUCCAAGUAUCCAAAGGUUAUGCUGCAUUGUCAGUAGUGCCUAUGCGAAAAGCUUCAAUUUGGGUAAAUACUGCAGACUUAUAUAGAACUGAAACAUUUAUUUGAGUAUUAUGAAGACUCAGAGUGCAAUACACAUUAGUGUAUGGUUAAGGGGUUUUUGAAGGGAGUUUGGCUUAUCAGCUCCACUAAGGUAUAAAAGGCAACUACAUUUUCUCCCUCAAGGUUAAACAUCUGCUGGUAAAGAAUUGUUGUGUAUCAUCAUUCUUCCAAUAAACAGUGAAAUCAA